ACAAGAAUGUCCCGUGGUUUCCGCCCCUGGCUCCACUUUUGAAUCCCGGGUAGCUUUUGUGAGGUGUGUGACAGCUGGCUUCCGUCGGUGUCACCUAUUCUGUCGGCAGGCCCCUCCUAGACGACCUCGGCCUGCGUCCGGAGGUCGCAGUGAGUGUCACAUGGACCCUGUAACCUUUGAGGAUGUGGCUGUGAACUUCACCUCAGGCGAGUGGACUUUAUUGGAUUCUAGCCAAAGGAAGCUCUACAGAGAUGUUGUGAAGGAAAACUAUGAACCUGAUCUUCAUAGAAAAAACACAUGGAGAAAAUAUUGAAGAGGACUACCAGAGUCUCAGGAGAAAUCUGGGGGAAAGGCACCUGGAGCCUGUACGUCUCCAGAACUUGCAGCCCAGUCAGGUUGGUGGCACUGAAUCCAAUCUGUGGUGCGAAGGAACCUGGGUGGAGUCAUGUCUUGCUGAUGUCUCUUACAGGAGCCAGUAAACUUUGAGGAUGUGGCAGUGAACUUCACCUCAGAAGAGUGGGCUGUGUUGGAUUCUAGUCAAAAGAAGCUCUACAGAGAUGUGAUGAAGGAAACAUUUUAGAACCUGAUCUCCAUAGAAAAAGCACUAGAAGAAUAUAUUGAAGAGGACUCUAACGAUCUCAACAGGAAUAUGGGAAUUCAGAGGAUUGAGAAAGAUCGUGGAUAUGAAUGUCAUACUGAGUGCGAUAAAAACCAGCAACCUAUUCCUGAGAUUAUAAUCAAUAAAGACACGCCUUCCAGAGUAAGAACUCAUGAGACUCCAUUGCAUGAGCCAGUAAAAUUUGAGGAUGUGGCAGUGAAUUUCACCUCAGAAGAGUGGGCUGUGUUGGAUUCUAGUCAAAAGAAGCUCUACAGAGAUGUGAUGAAGGAAACAUUUUUGAAUCUGAUCUCCAUAGAAAAAGCACUAGAAGAAAAUAUUGAAGAGGACUGUAAAAAUCUCAGCAGGAAUAUGGGAAUUCAGAGGAUUCAGAAAGACCAUGGAAAUGAAUGUCAUAAUGAGUGUGAUAAAAGCCAGCAAGCUAGUUCAGAGAGUAUGAUCAAUAAAGAUAUGCCUUCCAGAGUAAGAGCUCAUGAGACUCCAUUGCUUGCAACAGAUAUCAUUGGUGAUUUAUCCUUACAUGGGUAUCUCAGAGAAAAUACUAGAGGAAAACCACCACUGGAUAAGGGAGCUGUGGCAAAAGCAUUUAAACAUCCAAAACAUUGGAAAAAUAUCAGUUAUUCUGAAUUCCUUCAGGUACUUGAAACUUCUCCUAAAGAGAAACCCAGGAAAAAACAAUGUAAAGAAACCUGUAGGGGUCUGUGUUUAGAUCAGUCUCAAGAGAGAACUCAUACUGGAGAUAAACUCAAUGAGGAUGUCUUAAUGAGAUGCACAUAUGACCAGAGUGAUGAAGGAACCCAAAAAGAAGUGAAACAAUUCGUAUGUAAUCUCUGUGAAGAAUCCUUCAUUGAUUCCAGUGAGCUUACCAACCAUGAAAAAAGUCAUAUUGAAGAGGAAAGGUACAUUUGUAGGCAAUGUGGCAAAACAUUUAAAUAUGCAGCAUGUUUUGAGAAACAAAAAGUAACUCAUAUAGGAGAGAACCUAUAUGCUUCUAUACAUUAUGGAAAAACCUUCACCCCAUUCAGUCAUCAUGACAGUCAUGAAAGCAGUUACAUUGGACAAAAGCCUUAUGCCUGCAAGCAUUGUGGGAAAAGCUUCACUAGUUCUUCUUAUCGAAACAUUCAUGAAAGAAUUCACACUGGAGAGAAACCUUAUGCAUGUAAGUAUUGUGGAAAAGCCUUCAACAGCCGCAGUAGUCAUAACAGACAUGAGAGGAGCCACACUGCAGAGAAAUCUUAUGCAUGUAAGCAUUGUGGAAAAAGCUUCACCAGUUCUUCUUAUCGAAACAUUCAUGAAAGAAUUCACACUGGAGAGAAACCUUAUGCCUGUAACUAUUGUGGAAAAACCUUCAUCAGUUCCGGUUCUUGUAGUAUUCAUGAAAGAAUGCAUAUGGCAGACAGGAAUUAUACAUGCAAGCAUUGCGGGAAAAACUUCACCAGUUCUUCUUAUCGAAACCUUCAUGAAAGAAUCCACACUGGAGAGAAAACUUAUGCCUGUAAGUAUUGUGGGAAAACAUUCAGCACUUCCAGUGCUCGUCGUUUUCAUGAAAGAAUGCACACAGCAGAGAGGAAUUAUACAUGCAAGCAUUGCGGAAAAGCCUUUUUCUGUCUCAGGAUUCUGAAAAGGCAUGAAAUAAUUCACAGUGGAAAAAUGCCUUAUGCGUGUAAACUUUGUGGAAAAACCUUCAACCACGCCAGUAAUUGUAGCAGACAUGAGAAGAACCACACUGCAGAGAAACCUUAUGCAUGUAAGCAUUGUGGAAAAAGCUUCACCAGUUCUUUUUCUCGAAACAUUCAUGAAAUGAUUCACACUGGAGAGAAACCUUAUGUGUGUAAGCAUUGUGGAAAAGCCUUCAACAGUCCCAAUAGUCGUAACAAACAUCAAAGUAGGCACAGGGCAGAGAAACCUUAUGCUUGAGCAUUGUGGAAAAGCCUUCAACAACCCCAGUAGGUGUAACAGACAUUAAAGGAGCCACACUACAAAGAAACAGAAGACUUAUGCAUGCAAACAUUGUGGAAAUACUGUUUCUGGUGUAGGGAUCUGAACAUCCAUGAAAUAAUUCACACUGACAAAAGCCUUAUUAUGUAAGCAUUGUGGAAAAUCAUUCAACAACCCCAGUAGUUGUAAUAGACGUGGAGGGAGUCACACUGCAGAGAAACCUUUUUCUUGUAGGCAUUGUGAAUAAACCUAUACCAGUUUCAGUUCUUGUAAGACUCAUGAUAAGAGUUCAGAUUAAGGAGAAUUCGUUUACAUGUAAGCAGUGUUAAAAAGUGUUUACCUGCUCCAAUCACCUGAACAUUCAUGAAAAGAUUCACAUUGGGGAAAAGUCUUGAGCAUGGAAACACCUUGGAAAAGCCUUCAGUGACCUCAGUAGUUAUAACAUAUUUGAAUGAAGUCACACUUUAGAGAAGGCCUAUUCAUGUAAGUAUUGUGUAAAACCCUUCACAAAUUUCUAUUCAUGUAAGGUUCAUGAAAGAGAUCAUACUGAAGAGAAGUGCUAUGCAUGUACACAUUGUGGAAAAACAUUUACCCACUCCAGUCAGCUGAACAUGCAUGAAAGGGUUCAAAUUGGAGAGAUGGCUUUUGCAUGUAAACAUUACAGGAAACCUUUUAACACUUCAGUUUGUCCUGAUUUGCACGAAAAACAAUCAUACUGGAGAGGAACUCUUUUUGUGUAAAAGAUGUGGAAACUGUUCAUUCUGUAGACUUUUAAGAAGCAUAAAAGAGUUCACUUGAUAGUAAAGCCUUAUGCACAUAAGAAUUGUGGAAAAGCCUUCCGCUGCUCUUGUGAUCAUAACAGAUCUGAAACUCUUCACACUAGUCAGUAGGCUCAUGUGUGUAAUCAUUGUCAGAAAGCCUUUACUAGAUUCACUUGGUCCAAGAGUAAAAAUAUUCACACUGGAUAGAAACUUUUUGUAUGUAAACAUUGUAUAUAAACUAUUUCUUUGUUGUUGUGAUUUUUAACAAACAUAAAAAUCUCACACAGUGUCUGUAAUGUGGGAAAGUCUUCAGCACAUCCAGUUUCUGUAACCCUCAUGCACAGAUCUACACUGGAAAGAAUUGUAAAGCAUAUAUCCAUUUAAGUAUUGUUCAAAGUCUUCAGCAGUUCCUGUUGCCAUGAUGUUCUAAAAAAGUCACUCUGAACAUAGACUUUACAUGUAUAACCAUGUGGAAAAUUUUUUAGCAAUCACAGUUCCUACUAUGAUUACUUUUUCACUUUUGAGAACCUGUAUGUUUAGAAUAAAUGUGGGAAAAUAUUCAAAAUGUUUCAAAUGAAUAAAACUUUAAAGUUUUAUUUUUUGGGGGAGGGUAGUAUUUUCUGGAAUUUCUGUGUUUUACAUCCCUGCUGAAGUCCAUAGUGAUCUCACAGUGAGAAGAAGUACAGUGUGUAAAACAAAUACUAGUAAUAACUCUGUAAUACUGUGCUAGUAAAAUUACUUCUAAUGUGAGUAAUGGAAGAAGAAUGUGCUAAGAACAUAAGAUGUAUCAGCUAGUCAUGAUUCUUUCCAGGAAAUGUGAUUAUCUGUAUUGUUUCCCUGGAUUGUAUGUGGUGGAAAUAAUGUAUCAAUUCCACAAGCUGUCUUCUAAGAAUCACAUGUACACUUCCUAAUGAACACAGAGAUAAAAGAGAAAAAGGAUGAGAGAGAGGAGUAUGGAGUUUACUUUCUUUAUGCCAAAAGCUUUGGGGGGAAAACUGUCCUUAAUCUCAAUUGCUGGCAAUAUAUUGUCCAGACUGAAACAGUAGGGUACAACUGCCAAACUUUGUCACAAUAUUACAGUCGUUCAAAAUGCCCUGCUUCACAAAAAUUUCUGUCAUAUACACUAGCCUAUAGGCCAAAGAUGGUUGCCCCAGCAUUACAGAAGAACUUUGAAUGCUUGUCCAGGUAGCCUGAUGUCCCUGUUGUUAGGCAAAUUUCACCCUUUUGGGAUCAUAAUCGAGUUAAAGAUUAAUAAUUAGAAUUAGUUUUUCUUAUGGCAAAGGUAAAUUAAAUAUAAAAAUUUAAACUUCCAAAGAUAGAUAAAUAAAUACAUUCUCUAAUUUUGUCAAAUGCAAAUGGACUGGACAUUGUAAAUGUAAUUAUUACCUAAUAACUUUUUCUUGUAUAUAAUCUUACUAUGCUAAGGUUAAAACCUUCCUUUUUGAUGAGACAAAAAAAUGAGAGAUGCUGUACACUGUGAUGAUUUUUCAUUCGGAUAGCUUUAAUAGAAACCUGAUUGGCCAGUAGCCAGGUAGGAAAUAUAGGUAUAACAACCAAACUAAGGACACUGGGAAGAAAUGUGGAGUCAGAGAGUCACCAGGAGAUGCAGAAAGAGGAAGACAUGCUGAAGGAGAGGUAAACCCACGUGCCAAAUGGCAAUAUAUAAAUUAAUAGAAAUGUGUUGGAGCCUAAUGGAGUCCUAGCCUUCCUACUCACCUCCCCUGUAGAUCACCUUUCUUGCCCUUGUUCUUCUUGGUUUCUGAGAAACUUGCAAGUUCCCUGCUCUCAGAGUUGUUUACCAAUUCUGCUUCCUGAGUAUACAUUUUCUUGGCCCUAACCCGAGCAUCUGGCAAUGAGGUCUUCAUCCUGUCGGCCUACCUGUCUGGGUUAGGUAGAAAACUCCCUUGGUGGUGUACAUUAAAGGCUUCUGAUUCUACCCAAAGUGCGUUUUCCAUUAAUUCUGACGUCCUUCACUCGGACUUGGCCCUAGCUGCACUGAUGUGGCAGAAAUGGGUUGUAAGAGCUAGCUACUAAUAAACCUAAGCUAUAAGCCAAGAA